AUGCUCUCGCCUGUUCACUCUGCAACUCAUGCACGGAAUGGAGGACUCAUCGGACUGGCGGCAGUGGCUAUAGCAUUGGGUCAAGACGUCGCCCCAUUCCUGGGAACUAUCAUACCUCCUAUACUUGUUUGCCUUCAAGAUCCUGAAAACCGAGUGCGGUAUCACGCCUGCGAGAGCUUGUACAAUGUAGCCAAAGUGUGUAAGGGAGAAAUACUCGUGCACUUCAACGAGAUUUUUGAUGCUCUCAGCAAACUGGCGUCUGAUUCCGAACAAUCGGUCAAAAGUGGGGCCGAACUACUGGAUCGUUUGAUGAAAGAUAUCGUCUCUGAAUCAGCACCGAACUACGUCUCAAUAUUCCCAGGAAACGUCAAUAUCAACCCCAAUCUUCCUCCGCCUAAAGAUGAAGCGUAUCAAACACCAAAGCUACAAGCAACCAUGGGUCUCAGCUCAGUGGCGCCAUUAGAAAAAGAAGAAGAGAAAAGGGCAUUCUCCUUGGCAAGGUUCAUCCCAUUGUUGGAAGAGAGAAUUUUUGUCAUUUCACCCGCUACGAGGAUGCAUUUGGUGUCUUGGCUGAUGGUGUUGGACUCGGUACCGGAUCUGGAACUGGUGGCCUGGCUUCCUCACUUCUUUGAAGGUUUACUUAAAUACCUCGCAGACGAUAGUGUGGACGUACGAUUAGCUACGGAGGCAGUCCUUGGUGAAUUUCUGCGCGAGAUUCGGGAAAUCGCUCUGGUACAGCGAACGGCGGAAGAAGAGAGAUCGAGAAGAGAAGCAGAGUCAUUACGGAAAAGAGGCAGCAAAGGGACUUUGCAAACGGUCGAUGAUCCAGAUCAGGUUAUACUGGACGAUCAAGAUGAAGAAGACGGCGAUGGAGAAGGAGGAGAGGCAGACGAAUCUUACGCCUCCCCGGAUGGUUGGAGGGAUGACUCUGGUCCUCUUGCAAGAGGAGAAGGCAUAUAUAUUGAUUACGAAAGUUUGGUGGAUAUCUUGAUCGCCAAUCUACAUUAUCAAGCAAUGGAAUGGCUGUUGGCCUUUCUUGACUUUGCCCAAGAUGUUGUGGUCAGACAAACACCAAAAAUCAUUCCUGCCAUUUUCCCCAAUUUGGCCUCCCAACAUCGGACUAUCAAAUUGGCCGCACAUGAAAUCAAUGGAUGUCUCUAUCGGGUCAUUCAGACUCUUCCUUUGCAAGUCCCCGAAAUGUCCCCUCCAACCGCCUCCACCGUAGCUCAUCCGCAAACAUCAAUCUCACUUCCUUCCGCCAUCGCCCUCUCUUCCCUGGCAGGCUCCCCUCCCAUCGCUAGCAAUGCCAUCAACUCUUCUCCCGCUCAGAUACGUAAAGACGGGGUCGAGCCGCCAGUCAUCAACGAUCCCCUCGAGGCAACGUCUCCGGCGUCCAGACCGGGUCCAUCGCAGCCGUCUUCUGCGGGGCCGGCCAUCACAAGCAUCAAAAGUAAGACAUCGCAAGCUGUACCAAUACCUGAGCCUGUCACACCGAACAACCCAGAGUUCCCUCCCAUUAGAGGUCGAAGUAGGCCUGGAUCACCUGUCAAUCACUCUACAACCGCACAAGUCGGGACGCCUAUGACGCCUGUUGAGGAGAUAGUGGAUUAUGAUCCUUUUAGUGUUCGGGAAACGGUUGACGUUUUGACAUUACAGUUUGUGAGCGAUCAUGCGGAAACGAGGAUAGCGGCGUUGGAAUGGUUAUUGAUGCUUCAUCUGAAAGCUCCUACAAAAAUUCUAUCAAGAGACAGUGGAACCUUCCCAGCUUUACUAAAGACCCUUUCGGAUCCGUCAGACGAUGUGGUCAAACAUGAUCUUCAACUCCUCGCCCAAAUAUCAGCCUCAUCAGAAGAUUCAUACUUUACGAGUUUCAUGAGUAACGUCCUUGAACUUUUCUCCACCGACAGGAGGUUACUGGAGACUAGAGGAAGUUUGAUCAUACGACAAUUAUGUUUGCAUCUUAAUGCAGAGAGGAUAUUUAGGACUAUAGCUGAGAUUUUGGAAAAAGAUGAUGAUUUGGAUUUUGCAAGUAUGAUGGUGGUGAAGUUGAACAUGAUUUUGAUCACUUCUCCUGAAUUGGCGGAUUUCAGAAGGAGGUUGAAGAAUCUAGAUUCGAGGGACGGACAAAUGUUGUUCAGCUCGUUAUACAGAUCUUGGUGUCAUAACGCCGUGGCAGUUUUCGCUCUUUGUCUCCUCGCACAGGCGUACGAACAUGCUUCUAAUUUAUUGCAAAUAUUUGCCGACCUAGAACUUACCGUCCCCCUCCUUGUUCAAAUCGACAAAUUAGUCAUGUUGAUAGAAUCACCCGUAUUCACAAAUCUUCGAUUACAACUACUUGAACCUGACAAAUACCCCUUCCUACCUAAAUGUCUCUAUGGACUGCUCAUGAUCCUCCCCCAAAGCAGCGCGUUCGUUUCGCUCAGAGCUAGAUUAUCGGUGGUGUAUUCUUCGGGAUAUACCAGUUCACAGACUAAGGCUGUUUCUGGAGGAACGUUUUCCCAGGCUGGGACGACUAGGAGUAAAUUAGUAGGGAAGGAUGAGAUCAAAUGGAUAGAGUUACUUUCUCACUUUCGAGCAGUUCAAAAUAAACAUGAAAAAGCUCGUCGACAAUUAGAAUCCGGUCAAAUGACAUCACUUUCUUCUGCUCAUUUUUCCUCCCCAUCACAAACAUUCAUAUCUGGUCCUUCUUCUCAUCUUCAACAAUCAGCUCCUAUAGUAUCGAAAAAUACAUUGAAAAAGAAGAUUGGUUCUUCUCGUCAAGGUUCACAUGAUGGAUCUGGACUUGGAUCAGGGGGCAAGUCUGUUGUUGGAGCGACAAACGGUCCGAGUCCUUUGAAUCCUAGACGAGGGAGGGAUUCAACAGGUGGUUCCAUAGUGGGAUUAGGAGGUGCUGUGGCGAGUAUGAAUCCGGGUAUAGUCAGAGGGGUCAGUCCUCCGGCUGGGAAUACGACAAAGAGGAAGAUCUUAUCUGGGAUCAGAAGAGGGAAUGGGUGA